UUGAAUAAGGGGUUUUAAUGUUAUUUUCAAGUGAAAGGUCGCUUUCAAGCUGAAACCUGUACAGGGGAUCCCUUGCCGGUUGAACUGUGUACUUUUCUCGCAUCUUUUCUCAAACUUCUAAUUCGUUAAGUGCCUGUCGUGCCAAAUAGACAUCUUAAACCUCCAAAGAAUUCAAGAAACUUUUAUAACGUAAAUAGCUUCAUAAGCUCUCGUUGUGUAUAGUUCAAAGCGAAUCAUGGUGAUUGGAUUGCUAUCAAUCGCAUUCAUCUGCUAGCCACCAUGUGCUCGAUUGAAGCAGGCAUCUAUAAACCAACAUGUGGAUGAUUUUAAACUUGUUUCGGUAGUUCGACAGGUGUUGAGUACAAGACGCGGCUUGUACGUAAACAGAAUUUAUGUUCCUUAACAGCUUAUUACAGAAAACGGCUGCUGAUUUAAUUGUAUUCGUCGCCAUCUUUGUCUUGUUGAACUAUUCCACUUUAUGUUCUCAGUUACAAAGCUGAGAACAGCCAAGAAGGGUCUCAAAUUUCUUCAUCCGUUACCAAAAUUAGACACACAGUUAGGUUUCCCCAUCUAAACAUCCCUUACCGUUGUGCGUUUAUAUUGGUCAGCAUGUUUUUAUUUCUUUAUAUAAACGGUCGUGAGAAGAAAUAUAUUUAACUGCGAAGUUUUUGCUUGUUAUUGCAAAGACGCUAGAAUCAAUUCCCAUGGUAUAAUUCGAUGUUUAUGAAUAAACUCGCUGAAAAAAGAUAUGUUUACAAAAUGUGGUUAGAUAGUUAUCAAUGCUGGAUAGUUUCACGAAGGAAAGGCAUGUGUGGUUAAAUGUUGUUGGGAAAAUUUUCAAAAGUUAAGAUUUCAGAACCGAAUGAGUUCGUUUUUGAAGUAAAAGGCACAGUGGAACAAAAUUGGCAAUGUUCCAAGUAAUCUUAUACUUUUGAACUACGUACUGUUUGGUAUAUUUGAAAAUGAUACCAAUAACACAAGAUGUUCAAUUAACAUUCAAAUUGCGUUUUCAAAGCAGUAACUAUAUAGAAAAACAAGAUAAAUUCAUAUGAAAACAAUCUUGCUUCAAUUUUGAAAGCUACGGCGCCCCACUGGUUUUGUUUUCCCAGUGAUUAAAUUAAUUGAUAAAUUAUUGUUCUGUGUGAAUGCCUCUCUCCCAUUGCCAAAAAGUAUGACAAAAUGCUGUAUAGUAAUAAUAAUAUCAACGGUUCAAUUGAAUUUAUUGUCACUGGUCAAAUCGCUUUUGUUUCCUGUGUACCUGGAGCAAAAAACCGCAGUCAACAGAAUCUAACAUUUACUUUGCUUGAGAACAUGCCCGCCAAAGUUUUGUACCUCUAAAAACACAUUGUGAAGUACCUUCUUGUACAUUAAUAUUAUAGUUUUUUAUGUUGUCUUUUAAAUGGGCAGUUAAACAUUGAUAAUGCAGUCAUUUGUGCGACAUUGCCUGGCAUUUUGGUUACUUUAGCUCAUAACGUAUAUCUAAUAGGGCAAGUUUAUAACUUAAAAACUGUAUUUACCUAAAUUAGCAGCAUUAUGAGAAAUAAAUGUGUGUUUCCGUGAAGACCCUAAUAAUUAGUUAAUGUUUUAGUAGCGCUAGAAUUGGGCCAGAUGUUCCAUGGACUUGCAUUAGUUAAUUUAGUACUGUUUAUAAUGUAAAAUGUUAUUUGUACUGUCGCAAAGAAAAGACCUGCCCCGUUGCCCUCUCUUGUGGAUUAACGCUGACAAACACCUAUUUAAACCCCGUGUUGAUAACAUUGUUCAAGAAAAGCCCGUUUCGAAGAAGUGGUUUUCCCAUCACAAUGCAACAGUUCUAAAGGGCUUUCAAGUGACUGAAAGCAUUACUCACACUCCAGCCCUAAUGUGUGCACCUUGUUUUGAUCAGCCCAUGAUAGAACAAUGGACUGUACGUCCGACAAAACAAUCGACUGUAUCGGUGUCAAGCUUCCGAGAAGACAACUGUUUAUUGUUUUACAACAAUAAGGUUUAAUGAGUCAUAGCCACAAUUUGUCAUGUUUUAACGUAUCUGGAUAUGUUGUUUUGAAGUAAGUGUUAGGUUAAGUCUGUUACACAAGCUUUGUAAAGGAAUCUCCACCUUCCUAGCUUUAUCAUUUCAUUUUCAAUUUGAAAUGAGUGUGACUGGAAGCAAAACUGAUUUCAGGGAAAGUCUCCAAGCAAAUUAAUACUUGCUAACAUAAAUUAACAAAAGCAAAUUGUACACUGUAAAACAUGUCAGGAAUGUGGCUAGAUUGUGGUAAAGAACGAGAAAGCUGUUCAGACAGUGGAUUUGAAGAUGGGCCAAGCUCACCAACAAAAGUAAAUCUUGACAAAGCAAGUCCACCAACUAAAAUUACAGUUUCAAAAGAAAGAAGAGAAAGAAGAAUGCAGGAAAGGAGAAACAUAGGAGUGACAUCAAAAAAUGAUUUAGCAGAUCUAAGGCGAGAGCAAAGAGAAGGAGAAGAUCUGUAUAGGGCGCCAGAGACAAAGCCAGUUAAAAAGUGCGGCAAAGACUGCACAGAAUGCAAUGUGCAAGCAUAUGCAACAUCUCCAAAGGGUUUGAUUUAUGAACAAGCAUACAUCCCUGUUUACCCUGAAAUUGUAAAAAGAGAAAAAUCUGAUAAACAAGAUGACACUCACUAUAGAGCUGAGGAUGAACGAGACCACAGAGGCCAUAAAUAUUCAAUAAUUCCUCCACCACCACUGAUGUCACUUCGACCAACUGCAUUUACUUGGCUUCCUCCGCCUUUUCCUUCACCUUUGUCGCUGAUAAGAAGACAAUCGGUUAUUACAUCCGCCUGUUGUCCCCAGCAGUAUGCUGGCACAGAAAACAUUUCGAUCUGUCCCUGUGCCAACCCAAAAUGCAACAUUCAGGCCAUAUCAUUUGGAAGUCAUGUUGGUGGACAUUCAGCUGUCAAAAGGGAGGUAUUCAGUACUGUGCCUCCUGGAUUUGAACUGCCCACUGUUGAAGAGCACUUUCGUAAAAGUUUAGGAAGUGACUAUGAAGAGGUGACACCAGGUGAACCUCUAAACAGUGUAGAUGAACAUUUUGCAAAAGCAUUAGGAAAUACUUGGUACAGCCUUAAGUAUAAAAAAGCUAUAGAGAGUCAGUUUAGGACCAGGGAAAGGGUUUUGACAAGUUGUAACUUAUAGAUGUGUUGAUAAAAGUGUGGUAGUUUUGUAAAGCUGUAAAUAUUAUGUAGUUUGACUAUUUUACGUCCUUUAAAAUGUUACAAGAUGUGGCAUUAUCCAUGUUAAAAGAGCUGAUGUACUUUUCUUCCUAGAUCAGAUACACUUUCAAGAACUGAGCCAUCCCUCCAGUUUUAUGGAGUAGCAUUUCAGGAUAAAUAUUUUGGUUUUUGUGCUGGUUGCUUUUUUAGUUUGUCUUGAGGUUUUUGUUACCCAUUGAAGUGGUCAUUUCUCAAUAAUUGUGUACGUGCAUGUCACAAAGCUAAAUAGGAAUGUCAAAAACAACUCCUUUGUUUGUGUUUUGAUGUACCGAAAAUUGUUAAACUUUUCAAGUUAUUGUUAAAGAAUGUCAAGUUUUGAUGUUGAUAGUGUAUUUUGUUAGGCCAGCUACUGUCUGGUCUGGCAACGUAUAAUAACUUUGGUUCCUUUUGUCUUUUGUUGGGCAAGUUUUCUUCAAGUCCUUUUUCUAAAUUCAACUUUGUUAUCAUGUUCAGCUUUUGUAUGAUGUAAAAGUGCAGAUUUUGUUUAAAUAUUGUAAGUUUAUAUUUCCACAUCAGAAUAGUCUUAAUAUUGUUAGUUUUGUCGCAUAAAAGUGAUUAAUUCAUAUUUCUAUUUAAUAUAACUUUCGAUUUUGCGAUCGUUAUUUAAAUACUUUAGAGUGGGUUGUAUAGAGAUCUUAGAUGGGAAAUGACAGUUCUAAUUUAUGGAGAA